GSUCCCUAACUAUUUCAACUUGGAAUACAAGACGCUGCUCACAUUUCCACAUGUUUWUUAGCUUUGGAAAGCAAAUUAAUGUCUAAAUAGUGAAAAUAAGACCUGUGCAAUGUUGUGCGCAAUUUUUCCAACAUCAUGACACUUAUUUGGAGUCUCUGGCUCAAGUGGUUUGAAAGCUAUUGAGGUUUGAAAGCGCGAAUAUCCGUCGAAUAUCGAACUUGAAACUGUCUUAACCUCGGUUAUUCUAACGAGCCCAACACGUAAAUCGGCUAGUCCCCGCCCUGACCGCGUCAGUCAGUCAGUCAGUAGGCUACAGUCUUUGUGCAUCACGAACAGACAGGAACAUUGAACUAGCUUKCAGUCAGAAAUAACGGAAAGCUGAGGACCACACCAGAUCCACAAGGACAUGAUUGCCGCUGCUGCCCUAAAAAACACCCAUCGACAAACCGCUAUAGAAUCUAGGCUGUCAGACAGAUAUCACUAGGCAGGAGCCAUGAUUCCUGUGACGGAGUUCCGGCAGUUCUCAGAGCAGGAGCCAGCAUUCCGGGUUCUGAAGCCCUGGUGGGAUGUGUUCACAGACUACCUCUCUGUGGUCAUGCUAAUGAUCGGAGUGUUCGGAUGCACCCUACAGGUGGUCCAGGACAAAAUCAUCUGCCUUCCACAGAGAAUAUCAAUGGCGAACCAAACAAUACCCUUACCAAAUAAAACCGAGCUGGUCUCACCUGUUGUGUCGCAGGAUGUGCAUGAGAUGAUGGGCCUGAAAACCAACCUGGACCUUCAACAGUACAGCUUCAUAAACCAGAUGUGCUACGAGAAAGCCCUGCACUGGUACGCCAAGUACUUCCCUUACCUAGUCCUCAUACACACCCUCAUCUUCAUGGUGUGUAGCAAUUUCUGGUUCAAGUUCCCAGGCUCCAGCUCUAAGAUAGAGCAUUUCAUCUCCAUCUUGGGAAAGUGCUUCGACUCCCCCUGGACUACUAGAGCUCUGUCUGAGGUGUCUGGAGAGAACCCAGAGGAGAAGGUAUUGUUGGACAACAAGAACAACAGUGCCAGCAAAGCGAUCCUCAAUGUGUCUGUAGAGGGGAACCUGGACAGCCUGGAGAAGACCCAGUCCCUCAAAUCCAUCCCAGAGAAGAUCGUAGUGGACAAGCCCACAGCCAGCGCCCUGGAUAAGAAGGAAGGAGAACAGGCCAAAGCUCUAUUUGAGAAGGUGAAGAAGUUCCGCCUGCACGUCGAAGAGGGGGACAUCCUCUAUGUUAUGUAUGUUCGCCAGACUGUUCUCAAAGUGUUCAAGUUCCUCCUCAUCAUCGCGUAUAACAGUGCUUUAGUCUCUGAGGUGCAGAUCACAGUGAAGUGCAGUGUGGACAUACAGGACAUGACGGGAUAUAAGCAUUUCUCCUGUAAUCACACCAUGGCCCACCUGUUCUCUAAGUUGUCGUACUGUUACCUGUGCUUCGUGGCUGUGUACGGAUUCACCUGCCUCUACACUUCCUACUGGCUCUUCUACCGCUCGCUGAAGGAGUACUCCUUUGAAUACGUGAGGCAAGAAACGGGAAUCGAUGACAUCCCAGACGUGAAGAAUGACUUUGCCUUCAUGCUGCACAUGAUCGACCAGUACGACCCACUGUACUCCAAAAGGUUCGCAGUGUUCCUGUCUGAGGUCAGUGAGAACAAACUGAAACAGCUGAACCUGAACCAUGAGUGGACACCAGAGAAGCUGCGUCAGAGACUGCUGACCAACCAUAACAACAGACURGAGCUGCAGCUCUUCAUGCUGUCUGGGCUCCCGGACACCAUCUUCGAGGUGACAGAGCUCCAAUCCCUGAAGCUAGAGAUCAUCAACAACGUAUCCAUCCCAGCCUCCAUCGCCCAGCUGGAAAACCUCCAGGAGCUGUCUCUGUAUCAGUGUUGCUUAAAGAUCCACACCACAGCCACUUCCUUCCUCAAGGAUAACCUUAAGGUSCUCAGGGUAAAGUUUGAUGACAGCAGGGAGCUGCCUCAUUGGCUGUACCACCUACGGAAUCUAGAGGAGCUCUACCUCAUUGGCUCACUGAGUCCUGACGCUUCUAAGAAUGUGGUUCUGGAGUCUCUAAGGGAGCUGAAGAAUCUGAAGACCCUGUCGCUCAAAAGUAACUUUACAAAGAUCCCCCAGUCCAUCGUGGACGUGUCCAGCCACCUGCAGAGACUGUACGUUUACAACGAUGGCACCAAGCUGGUGAUGCUCAACAACCUGAAGAAGAUGGUGAACCUGACUGAACUGGAGCUGGUGCACUGUGACCUGGAACGCAUCCCACAUGCUGUCUUUAGCCUCACGAACCUACAGGAGUUGGACUUGAAGGAAAACAACCUGCGCUCCAUUGAGGAGAUAGUCAGCUGCCAGCACCUCCACAAACUGACGUGCCUGAAACUCUGGCACAACAGUAUCUGCUAUGUCCCUGAGCACAUCAAGAAGCUGGGCAGCCUGGAGCGCCUCUACUUCAGUCAUAACAAGAUAGAGAUCUUGCCCUCGCACCUGUUCUUAUGCAACAAGCUUCGUUACCUGGAUCUGUCCAACAACGACAUCCGGUUCAUUCCGCCGGAGAUCGGUGUCCUACAGAGUCUUCAGUACUUCUCUGUUACGUGCAACAAGAUUGAUAACCUCCCAGACGAGCUCUUCUUUUGCAAGAAGCUCAAAACCCUCAAGCUGGGCAAGAAUACGCUGUCAUUGCUCUCACCAAAGAUCUCAUACCUGGUUCUAUUGACACACCUGGAACUGAAGGGCAACCAUUUUGAGCUCCUGCCUCCAGAGCUGCGAUUCUGCCGGGCGUUGAAGCGUGGCGGCCUAGUGGUGGAGGACGUCCUGUUUGAAACCUUGCCUUCGGAUAUCAGAGACAAAAUGAAGGCUGAGUGAAAUGCCUUACAGAAUCUGUGCAAAAGGCCCUGCGAUACAUUAGCAUCCUGUCCAGUGGGUGUACUUGUACAUCAAGCUGCCUCACAUUACAUAAACAGGAGAUUGGCUCCUGCCCUAUGGGCCUAUCUGGCUCGGACAAAGCAAGUUACUUAUAUGUGCAAAAAGAAAAUGCCAAUCUUGUCUUAAUCUGACAAUCAUAGUCUACCAAAAUUGUAGAUUUKACUGUAUACUUAGUUUAUCAUGAUCAAACUCUAAGCAGUAUACUGUUCUGGGGUGGAAAUUGUGAUAUUCAUGMACAGCAAAUUCUCCAGUGUUAAAUCAACACUUACAGUGACAAUUGUUCUAUACGGGUCCACACGAUUAACACUUUUAGUGUUAUGCAAUAACACUUCAUAUAGUAUUUUUAACACUAGGAAGUGUAUAUAGUUUACACUAAUGGUGUUAUGCAAUAACACCUCAUAUAGUAUUUUUAACACUAGGAAGUGUAUAUAGUUUACACUAAUGGUGUUAUGCAAUAACACCUUAUAUAGUAUUUUUAACCAUUACGCAAAGAGGUCUGUAUCUGUUGACAAGGUCGCUGGUGUUGGAUUAAGGAGAUUACAAUAACAAUAACGUAUUUAAUACUACUUGUUCUUAUGUAAGCAUUUACAAAGACUUCAGGACUGGCAGCAGACAUAUUCGAACUUGAAUAAGUAUAACCAUAGACCACUUAAACUGAUACAACACUUCCAUUCAUGGGUGCCAAAAACAACGAAUUUAAAGCCACGCCUCAACUAAGCCACACCUCCAAUAUAAUUUCCCAGUGCCUUGCCUUUUCAAGUUAAUUGUAGAUUUACCACCCAUGACAGUAUUUGUUAGUGGCAGAGACAUGGUUGUUGAAUUUAUUAAUUUCACUCCUGUGGACUUCCCACUAGAGGUGAAUGUUAUCAUUAAAAUGUAAUGCUUUAGGACAAUACAUUAAAUAUAUAAGGCCUUACUUUCAUGGCCAAGUUUUACCCUAACACAKUGGUGUUAGGACAAUCCUGGUUUAGAGGCCACAUCUGCAAGUCACAUUAYGCAGGCUUGCAAAGUGAUGUAAUUCCUAUACGAAACCAGAUUUUUAAUCAUUCAGAAUGAAUGUAAGGGUUAGGAACAUUGUGAGGAGACUACCUAAGUCAGGGAUGGGCAACUCCAGUCUUCAGGGUCCAGAUGGGUGUCACAUUUUUUCCCUUUCCCUAGCAAACACAGCUGAUUAAACUAAUUACGUUCUAAAUUAGCUAGGGCAAAAUGUUGACACCAAUCAGGCCCCUUGGGGCCCGAGUUUCCCACCCCUUAUCUAAACCAUUUAAACUGGAACAGCCAUUUAAGUAAUAGUUGCAUUUAUUGCAUCCAUCUGAUUGGAUUAGUUGAGAAAAAUGUAUGUUAUUUAAAAAUCGUAUUUGUGUACAAUAAUAUUAAUCAAUCAAUGUACAUGCAAAAACACAGAUAUUAAAAACAAUCCUAAAAAUGA